AUGACCACCAAAAACGGUAGCAACAUCGUAGUCGAGUGGCUUCGGUCCCUGCACCUGGGCCAGUACGCCGAUUCGUUCUUGGACAACGGGUAUGACGAUCUGGAGAUCUGCAAGCAGGUCGGCGACCCCGAUAUGGACGCUAUCGGCGUGUUCAACCCGUCUCACCGCAACCGGCUGCUGCAGUCUGUUCGCACACUGCGUGAGGAGGGCGCAGCCAGUGUUUAUUUCACUCUCGAAGAGUCCGCCGCGAUACAGGAGGAAUGUAAGUAUUCCACCUCCAAAGAGCAAUGCGCUCCCAGCCCUGGCCACUCGUCGGGCAGCAGUACGCAAGAGCUUCAGCAGGUACAUUAUGAUGAGUACGAAGAAGGAAAAGCUGAACUAGUCAGGAUACCUAAACUUCAGUUGAAGUUAUUGCUUAAGGACAAAUUACUACAAGAUGGCAUUCGACUCAGCUCUCAACCAUACACUACUCAGAAUGGCGAACGAGGCUAUUUGGAAGGCUUAGCGUCCCGGUACGCGGAUCUGUACAACACCCAUUAUCGGGACAUUCUGGAGUAUCUGGACGAACUUAGGGCCGCCGAGUGGGCCGAAUUAUCUCCCCGGAUCACGUUGUUAGCACCCUCGUCGCCCUCCAGAUCACCAUGCAACAUGGCUGGAAAUCCGUACUCUCAUCACCUGUACGCACCCGGAAAAUACUCUCCGUCUAGCUGUCUGAGCGAUCGUGAAGAAGACGAAAUUUACGGUUUGACAACGGCCGAAAGAAGGUUUCCGCCGGCCGCCGCGGCGGUUAGACCACCCGUACACCUGAACACUGCCAUCAGACAGCACACCGUACAACAACCGUGCUUGAGUCCAAGAUCUGCGUAUUUCUACGAGUUUCCUCCUGCUGACCGACCCGGCAAAAAGAAGAUCACAUUGACGCGGUUUCUGCGGAACUUCAAGACCCACAGGAGAGAUAAAUCGCGAAGUCAACAAAACGUUUCAGCCCGGGCCAACACUCCAGAUUGUUUGGGCAUGACAAUGAUGGAUAACAGAAAUCGUUGUGUGCCUAUGUCCAGCAGAAACCAUGUCGGCAAUCCAUCUGGUUUUGAAGAAACCAUCCAUCGGUUGAAAGUUCAAGAGGCCAUGAUCAAAAAGGAACGUUUCGACCGCGAACACGAGGACAUCCUUCGGGAAAUCCGUCAUGGGCUAUUGCGGUACGGCGGUGGAGGCGGCAGUGGAGGACCUGGCAAGCCCACGGCCCGUUGUAACAACUCGGAUGAGACUUACAUGUAUGACGAUGACAUGCUCAGACACUGGUACGACGAACCUCCGUACGAGUCGGACCCUGAGGAGUUGCUGAUGGAACACGCCAAUAACAGAGUCUAUUAUGGCUACACCAAACACAGAGCGCCCCGGAACAACAAUUCUGGUUCCGUCAUAUCGUUGCGCAGUGCAGGCGAUAUAUCGUUGUCCGGUAGCCACCACCAUCGUGGUGGCAGCGGUCAUCACCGGCAGACGGCCACAGGACUUUUGUUGCCUGCUUCCGGUUCCGGUCAACCCACUACCAUAAUACCGUUGAGGCGACAGAACAGGGAAAGCGGAGAUUACGCCACGUCUGACGUCCAAAGCGUUUGUUCUAGGAUGUCGUCGUUAUCCGUGGAGACCAACCGAUCGGACUACGACCAGGAACUUUACCACAGGCUCAGGAUGAACGGAAUGGACACCGCGGUCUCACCGGGACACAGUUCGGACUACGCCGAUCAAGAUGACUCAUUUCUGCAAUCGUCUCGUCACAGUAAAAGACAACACCACCACAGAUCCAAAACGUCCUCGAAACAAAUGAAACAAAACCAGAGACCCAACCGUCAUCAUAGUUCAGCCGAGAGUCUGCCGAGCACUUCUAGCGCCCAAGCAUUGAUGGGAGCAGCGUCUCAGAGCUCAGAAGAAUCACCGACUUCUUGCGAUGGGACGCAGAAAGUACAAGUGUUGGCAUUGGCGCGGGCCGUGGCCAACAGCAGCCCGAACCCUUAUGACAAAGACGCAUUGAAAUUUAACAAAGGUGAUGUGAUACUGGUAACCACCAUGAACGCCAGCGGGAUCUGGAAGGGAAUGGUCAAAGGCUGUGAUAGAAUAGGCACGUUCAAGUUCGGCAAAGUCCAACCGUUGGUGAACGAAAGCAAUGGGCUCGAGAAGAGCAAACAAAACGCGAAACACAGGCCAAAGUCGUUGCUUCAGCUCCUGCGGACAAUAGGCAUGGAGGAACAAAUGUCCGUAUUCGCGAUGAACGGUUUUGGGGACUUGCAGUCGUUCUGUGAAAUACGCGAAGCGGACCUGGACUACAUGGGCAUAAUGGCGCCGGAACAGAGAGCGAAAAUAUUGGCAGCUGUCCAGGUCAUGCACGACUAUCAGUCGCCCGAAGACGAUUCUAGCAGCACCGAGGAGAACAAAACGGAUCCAAGCUGCGACGACUCUCAGGAAGCUGCCCACAGUCAGCGCGCGAUCGUCCCUGGUGCUGACGUCGCCAAGUCGAAGCCGACGCCCAAACCGCGUUUCUCGGCCAACAACGGUAACGAUGCAGCCUUGUCGUCGCCCGAGUACAGUAAAAAGGCAUCCAAGUCCGCCGACGACCGUCAACAUUUCGGCGGCGACACAGCCAACACCCCUGCCGCCGCCACCGCCGCCAAACCGAACUCGUGUACUUCCAGUGAAAAGUCUUCGGACUCGGGCGUCAGCACCAGUUCGUCUGUGUGUUUCGGAAACAUGACACGGGGCAAACGCAGCGGGGUGAGUCACCAGUUGAACGGCAAAAACAACUUUGCAGGGCACUUGAUUCAGCAGAACAUCAAAGACUGACGGUUGUUGGGCGCUCAUUCUCGUGCAGUCGAUUCCUAUACAUUUUGUACUAUAACCGAUUAAGAGGGGUCAAGGGAGGGUCGUCGAGGGACUUAUGGGAGAUAAAAAUAUAAACCACCACCACCACUGCGAAUACGUCGAGAGAAAGCCAUAAUCAUCAUAUUAUGUAUACAUAACUUACAUUAAAUAUACUUUACUUCUAAACUUGCAUUUAUUACUAAUCUUGGGCAUUCGUUUUCGUUAAAUUUAAAAAUUCGAAACAAAAUAAUUAUUAUAAUAUUAUGUACUCUUCGGCCUACAUUUCUUUUUCGUUUUUAAAAUUAACGUUUUGUCGAAACACUUAUAUUUUGUUCAGAAAUAACGCUUUUAAAGCCGUUUUACACGGCAGCGCUAUUAUUCAACAUGUACCUAUAAUAAUAUGGCCGCAGUGUUUAUUUAGAUUUGUGAUAGUGUACUUGACAUGACAGACUUGUGGGUCCAUUAUGUUUCUUAGUCUUUGGAAUUUUGGAUAUUCAAUUUUCGUGGCAAAUUUUUUUAGUCAAUUUGUUGUUGUUUACGAUAAUUUUUUUCCUUUUGUUACCAUAAUAAUAUAUAUAUAUAAUAUGAGAAUGGACAUGAUUGACUUAAUACAAUUAUUGGUUUUGCUAAAUUAAAUUUAAACAGAACUGGCUAGAAUCAAAAUAAUUUAACUAGUUGUGUAUGGUAUAAACAAACUAAUAGAUAAUGAUGAUAUUGUUAGUAUUCUAGUUGGGUAUUUAGAAUAAUAAAUAUUAUAAUAAUUUUCUACAGAUGUAUUUUUUUUUUUAAUUUAUUGAAAGUUAUGAUAAAUAUUAAACAUUUUCUUUCUAUGUGUUAAAAUUACAGUGUUUAUGUACAUAAAUAAUGCAUUUUGAAUAAGCAAAAUAUUACUUUUGUCAAAUAUAAAUAC